AUAACGACAGCAGACGUGGCAGGCACUAUACAAGACACUCGAGUCUUUAUGACUCCUUCCAGGGACUGUAAAGAUAAAUAGAAGAGAAUACUCUUCUGAUAGGAAGAGACCUCGAACUCGAGCAACUGGUCCAAAAUCAACAUUGCCUAUUCUUGUCGUGACGAAGCCAACGAGGCCAAAACACAAUCCAGACAAAACACAAGAUGACUCCCAAAGACCAGAUACGCACUUGGACCCGUGAGGUCGGUAACGAGAUCUACACCUACUCGACCGACCCAAGCCUAGUUGACCUCGCCGCCCUCAACGCGGCUCUGGCUUCCGACACCGUCUGGUGGGGGCGAGACCUGCCACAGGAAGCGUUGAAGCGGAUGGUAGAGCACUCGUAUAACUUUGGGCUAUACGUCAGAGAGAAUGGAGAUAGCGAACAAGAAAACGACAACGCACACCAGCAGCAGCAGCAAAAGCAACAGCAAAUGGUCGGUUUCGCCCGCCUCAUAACCGACUACGUAACCUUCGGCUACCUAACCGACGUCUACGUUUUGCCGGAGUACCAAGGCAAAGGGCUGGGCGCCUGGAUGAUGGAGUGUCUCAACAAGGCGCUGGAGCAGUGGCCCGAGCUGAGGCGGGUCGUGUUGUUCACGGGCGACGCGUACGCGGCCAAGCUGUACGAGAGGACGCUGGGGAUGAGGGAUACGCAGGAGAAAGGAGGGAAACUGGUGGUUAUGCAGAGGACGGGGCCGGCGGCUGUGGCGAGGAAGAUGGGGGAUUAAGUCGGGACGGGCAAGAAGGGGCGGCAGAGAAAAUGAGAAAGUUGUUUGCAUGCAUGGUGGUAUCAUGAGAUUAGACAGGUUGGUUGGCUUUAUU